AUGGAUGUGUCCGUCAUCAGGACCACAUGCUUAAUGUUUGAGGUAACUGCAAAGCAGAUUCAUGAACUGAAGGAACACAUCUCACAGGCGCAACUUAGCACCGUCAUCGAAUCGCAUCGGAACACUUUACUGUGCGCACAGUGCUUACAGGACACACUCAACCUAUCGCUCCUGGUUCAGCUCACAUUCUGCAGUGCCAUAUGGUGUCUUAUGCUGUUCUACAUCUUGCUAAUGGGAUUUGACUCAAGAAUUUUAAACGUUCUCAUACUGCUACUGAUCGUGACAGUCGAAACGUACAUGUAUUGCACGCUCGGCACACAGCUAACUGAUAAGGGUAACGAAGUGCUGAUGGCCCUGCAGCAGCUAGCCUGGUAUAAUCAGUCGAUCGCCAUACAAAAGCAAAUACUCUUCAUGAUUAGUCGUUCCCAGAAACCCAUCAUCUUGACCGCCGGGAAGCUUUUCUGCGCGAAUGUACUUCAGUUCAGUGAGAUGGUACAAAAGUCCUACUCGUUCUAUCUCGUUCUGAAAAAUGUGUUUUAA